UACAUAAGACCUUUACAAAAUUCACCGUUUCGGGCUUCAGCUUUCAUUGGUAAUUUGAAAAGGGAAAUGCAUUCCUAUUUCUUGACUGUUAUAGAGUCAAUGUUAAAUUGAAGUGAAUUUAUUUAAUAUGAACAGUUUAGUUGGACUUCGACUUGAAAAUGAAACGAGAAGUAUUAAACUUAAAACGUGUCUUGUUACAGCAUGUAGUGAGAUUUCAUUUUGUUCUGACUUGUGCUAGCGUUCAAUCUUUUCACCCGAGGAAAUAGAAACAAAACGUACAAGCUCUCCAAGAAAUGCAAUUCACAUUAUUUCUGUAUUAAGAGAUGGCCUUGGCCUUGGGAAAUGUAGACCUAUGUUGUUCGAUUCUCUUACUAUUGAUGUGUAGCGGAUGUUACCAAUCAUAUAUACUGUCUCCUGACGGAGUCGUCUACCCUGCUGAUCCUUUCAAAUUUGUGGGUGAAACUCUAGAGUUAUACUGUAAUAUCACCAAUCCAAAUAUACGAGAGAAUGCUUCCUCAUUAUUCUUUGAGAGACAACCGUUUGGACCAGCCAGAUAUGAUGUUGAUUAUUACAACAGAACCACCGUGAUUCCUUCUAAAUAUGUUGAAAGUCUUACAACAAAAACUAUCCGUCUGAGACUAGACAAUGUGCAACUGAGUGAUGGCGGAAAAUACAUUUGUAAACUCAAGACUUACCAAACAGACCAGUUUAUUGGCAACCAGAUAGUCAAAGUAGAUUUACGACCAGGCAAGAUCACAGAUUUCCAUUGCCGAGUAAUAAACUGGGAGUCUAUGAAUUGCACUUGGGACCUUAGUGUUAAUUACAAACAUUUGGAACAUAUCAAUGUCUCCUUAGUCUACACGUAUGAAUUUUCACCAAGUCAUAGAUACCAUGGAACUCAAGAAGAUUGUCCAAACCUGGGUCUCACCUCUUGUAUGUGGCCACCUGAAAGCUAUCAUCAUGGGCAUAUUUAUUAUGUUAAAAUAGUGGUGUCAACAGUCAAUAAAAAUGUGAUCCUUGCUUCUAAUGAAUCAGAUCAAUAUAGAGUGGAGACCAGAUUAUAUGAAGAGUCAGCAUUAGCUGAAGAAGAUAAUUCCUAUCAAAUAGUUGCUCUGAUUCAGCCUGCUGCUGUGGACAGACUAAAAGCAAUUGUAAUAAAUAGCAGCUGUGUAAAUCUAACCUGGAGUCAUACAGCCUUGGGUCAAGAGAAAAUGUACAAAGCUUACUAUAGAAUAGUCCUACAUAACAGAUGGAGAGAGAUACUGCUCCAUGAUGAAGAAGUUGACAACUACUAUGCCUUAGUGUGUAGUCUCUCUGCCUUUACAUCUUACAAGUUUAAAAUUGCAGUGUUACCUAAACCAAUAGAGACACAAUCUCCAACUCAGGGUUACUUAAGUGAAUGGAAAUAUGUGGAAGCAACAACCCGUGAAGAUGUACCUGCAUCAUCACCAGAGAUAUGUAGUGGUUGUUUUUACAAUAUCUCCUGUUCAAAUAAAACACCAAGAAAUCAUCGCUGCCUUAGAAUUAUCUGGAAAGAUUUAAGUGCAAAAGAAAAGCGUGGAGAACUUACUCACUACAAGGUCACAGCUUUAUCUGAGGAGUUAGCCUCAAACAAGUCUUUCCUUUUCAACGUGGAACAUAGAAACCUGACCACUGUUGACAUUCCAUUACAAGAAUCAGAAAACUUUCUCACAGAAAUAUUAAUAACUCCUGCUACAAAGAAAGGUUAUGCCAAGCAGUCUUCUCAAUUAGUUCUACCAGCUAAAUCUAAAAUGCCAAUACCUCCAAAACAUUUUUUGGUUGAAAUUGAUAAUGACAAAUCUAAUAUGAGUCACUACUACAUCAGCUGGGCAGCACUUGAGUCUAAUCCUAAGUCAGGACUCAAAUAUCAGAAUGUGACAAUAGUAUGGUGUCAGCGAUUAACUGACAAUGUUUGUAAGGGAAAUGUCAACUGGAUCACUCUGGGUGCAGAUGUUGUUACCUAUGAGCUAACACUGGGAGUCUUCAAUAUAAUGAUAGGUAUCAGUGCAGAAAUUUUUGAUGGGCUUCACAUGAUUAGUUCUGGCAUCACUUGGGCCAAUUGCAUAUACCAGAGAAAUAAAGUUCCUCUGCAUCCACCAAAAAAUGUACAAAUGUCAUCGGCACAUAGCUACCUGAAGAACAGUCUACAUAUCAUAUGGCAACCUUUUCUCUGUGCUGAAGAGCCAAGUUUUAUAAUAGAAUAUUUAGUUCAGUAUUGUCCUACUAAUGAAGGCAUAAUGUGCAAUGGACCAGAAAACACCUCACAUGUGAGGCAUGACAAAAAUGAAGUCAUCUUAGAGAAUUUAAAAGGUAACACUAAGUACAAGUUAAACAUACUGGCAGUAUCUGCUACAGGACCAGGACCAUCAAGUGAAACAUUUAUUGUGGACAUUAAAGAAGCUCCUCCAGACCUUGAAACUAUUCCUGUGUCAUUCAUAAUUGGUUCUAUAUUAGUAACUGUAUUGAUUCUAUUACUACUUUUUUUCUUUUGGAGUUGCUGGAAAAGAAGAAAAAUAUUUAAGAAUUUUACAUUUAUACCAGAACUGAAUAACCAGAGUCUCCUGCCGCAAGAUUUCCGAUAGCAUUAUAGACAAUGUACCAAGAACAAGCAAUUAAGUGGAGGGAUGGCACUAUGCGUUUCAGCUGUCUAUUGACGGUCAUCACCCUAAUGUCUACAAGUUAAUCUCUCGCUUCCUAAGACUACAUGAGAACAAGAUUCUGAGGUACAAUGCAGGAGAACGAAGUGCAAGCAAGACAAAGUACCUCCAAUUUAACAGACGUCUUGCAACUAUAUUGCCGAUGUACGGAAACAAGCCACUGAUGGAGUUUCUAUGUGACAUUGCAUACAAUUUAACUUUGUGAAAGUUGUGUGUGUAUAAAUCUGGCUAGUAUGGGAGUAUAUUUGGGUGUUUUCAAGUGCAUUUUGGAUUAUAAAUAAAUGCUAUAUUUUGAAAUUAUUCAUUUAAGCUUAUUAUAAUUCUUGCAUAAUGUUUGCAUAUUUCUAUUUUAAGAUAUUUUAAAUGUUUCUUGCAAAAUGACUGAAAAAUAUUUAUAUCAUUAAAUUUUUUAAAAAUAUUGGCUCUUUUCAUAUUUUAAGAUAACGUAUUUCUUGCAAAACGAUUGAAAAAACUUUUUCUGCGCUAUUUUGUCGGCGCCAUUUCGUUCGCGCUAUUUUGUCGGGGAGCCUUCAGUCUUUAUAGUAACCUUUUUUCUUUCUUUCUUCAUGCUUCUAAGUAAAAACUCUAUCCUCUAAGCUGAAUUUAAUUUGAAGAAAGAUGUGAAAUAAGGCUACUAUUUAGAUGGGCUGGAGAGGUUCGUAGAUCUAAAUGGAAAUUAUAUAGAGCAGUGCAGUGGUGCCCAAACAAUUCCCAACAGACCAUAUGUGGCCUGUUACACGAUGUUUAAAUCUUAGGUCUGAACAAAUUUUGACCAACCUUGUAUAAUUAUGGAUUAUUACCGAUCAUCAUGAACAGUGGCGUCACUAGACAGCUGCGGGGGGGGGGUGCGGUCCGCGCCGGUUGACACCCACCAGGGGAUGACACCUAAGUGGGAAAAAUGCACUUUUCAGAAAAGCAACUUUAAAGAAAAAAUUACUACCUCGAAUGUCUUUCACAGUUUAGUAUCAACAUGUCCCAAACCUUUUUGAUUUGAUUCCAGUUGACUUGUAAUCUUCCUAUUAUUAGAAAAUUAAUACCUUGUAGACGCCAGGAGAAAGAGUUUCUGAAGAUCAGAAAUGUAGAAAAAUGCUUGGCGGCCAGGGCUUCGCCCCGGACAACUCUAAGUGAGCUUUAUAAACAUCUUUUCUGACCAGUUGAGUGGCGAACGUAACAUUUUUUAUUGUAAUAUAUUCAAAACCACAUACAAUUAAGCCCCUCGCACGCUAUUCGACGCAUAUGGCUACAGGCUUCCUCCACAGAAAUCAGUCUAAGGCGACUUUCACAGCCACUUCUCAGCUGGUGCCCACGAAAUUCAGAACUACUAAAAAAUGUGUGAAGCCAUGUUAAACGUGGACGGCCAUGUUUUUGCAUACCUUUUUUCAGCUUUCAUGUUUAGGCUGACUUUGUCAAACGUGUUUCGUCUUGUCCUAAUGAUAUGUCGCACAAAUGUCAAUCGAAGUCCGUCGCCACUUUCUUUAGAUGGCAAAGACCGUCUUUAUCCGUUAUCUCGUGUAUACAUUCAAUUGUAUUUCAAAGUAAUGCUAUGUCUUCUGAAAAAAUCCAACUCGGUUUUGGUUUACGCAAUGGGAACCCGAAUGCAGCCUGUUUACUGUAUUUCUAUAACAUCGUCGAUGGUUUCAAUAAAGAGAAAUUGGAAUAACAUGCACCUUAAUCUCAGAAACUUCUCGAUGUUGAAGAAUUCCACCGUCUGUUGUGACACAACAGCUUGAUUUGCUUUAGACAUAUCGCUGACUUUUGAUUAAUUGUUGUGAGAUGUCUUAUUCUCUUGCCAUUUUCAGAGUGAUUCCGAUGGACGCUAUCAACCUUUUUUUAAAUCUAGAAAACAGAUCAACAUCUUUUGCUCGUCCUAAACCUGUUCAGUACUGAUUUGUCUUUUCAGAAGCAGCCGGGAAACACUAGUAUACUUUAAAACCUUUUCCGCAAGGAACUCUUAAAUAAUCUCUAAUAAAAAAACAA